AUGCUGCAACAGCAGGAUCCUACAGCCAGUACUCUGCAGCUGGUGGCCACAGACAUGAUGGAGAUCAUGGAGAACCUAGACACACGUGAGCUGGACAUUGGAGAUGGAGAGGAGGUGUAUGAUGGGCAGGAUGGUAACAACUCAGACUCCCGCAUCCCCUUCUCUGCUGUGUAUAAGACGACAGGCUUCAAAGAGCCGGGGGCCCGAGUCUUCCUCACAUCUAUUCCCAUCACUGCCAAAAUUCAGGAGGUGGAGCGCUUCGCCUCUCCACAGGAUCGCUUCAGUAUCACCAACCAGAGGAGUGUCUCUAAGUUGCUCCCUGCAGUGUUCAGAAUCGAAUUGAGACAUGGGAACUUCACCUGGAUAGUGAAAAGGAAGGAGAAGCACUUCAUGGAGCUGCACAGAGAGUUACGAACCUAUAAGACCUUACUGAGGAUCCCUCUGCCCUCUCGCACCCACACAGAGCGGAGGCAGACGGUCAGACACACGCGUCAGAUGCCCACUCUGCCAAGAGGGGGAGGGGAUGAACUGGUCAGGGAGGAGCAAGUGUCCAGCCGCAGGAGACAGCUGGAAGAUUACUUGAAUAAACUGCUAAAAAUGCCAAUGUACAGGAAUUACCAUGCCACAAUGGAGUUCAUUGAUGUGAGUCAGCUGUCCUUCAUUCAUGAUUUGGGACCAAAAGGCUUGGAGGGCAUGGUUUACAAAAGGUCAGGGGGUCACCGUAUUCCUGGACUCAACUGCUGCGGCCACAGCAAAAUGUGCUACCGCUGGUCGAAACGGUGGCUGGUGGUGAAGGACUCCUUCCUCCUGUAUAUGAAGCCUGACUCAGGGGCCAUUUCAUUCGUCCUCCUGGUGGACAAAGAGUUCUCAGUCAAAAUGGAUUCUAAAGACACCGAGACCAAGCAUGGAGUCCGUGUUGACAGCUUGUGCAGGAACCUGGUCCUGAAGUUCUCCAGUUACCGCCAAGCCCGCUGGUGGGGCCAGGCCAUUGAUGACUUUGUGCGCAAGUAUGGCAGUGCCUUCCUCCAGGACCAUCGUUUUGGCUCCUUUGCCAAAGAAGCAGAAGACAUUCCUGCCAAAUGGUACGUAAAUGGUAAAACGUAUAUGGAAGAUGUGGCUAAUGCACUGGAGGAAGCUGAGGAGGAGAUCUUCAUCACUGAUUGGUGGCUGAGUCCUGAGAUUUUCCUCAAGAGGCCUGUCGUUGAAGGCAACCGCUGGCGCCUCGAUUGCAUUCUGAAACGCAAAGCGCAAAAAGGUGUACGGAUAUUUGUGAUGCUGUAUAAGGAAGUGGAACUGGCCCUCGGAAUCAACAGUGAAUACAGCAAAAGGACUCUGCUGCAGCUCCACCCCAACAUCAAGGUGAUGAGACAUCCUGACCACGUGUCAUCCACCGUCUACUUAUGGGCUCACCAUGAGAAGAUUGUGGUUAUUGACCAAUCCGUGGCCUUCGUGGGUGGCAUAGACCUGGCGUACGGGCGCUGGGACGAUCGGGAGCAUAGACUGACUGAUAUUGGCAGCGUGACCAGAACUCUAAACACUUCUGCAGAGAACGUAGGGGAGGCUUCUCCUACCAUGGCUGCGCCUUCAAAUGGUCCAGGUCCAGCUCAGAAUGGUAAAAGGUCGGGUUCAGAGUCAGUGGAGCAGCCCAAGCUGAAGGGUUAUGGGAAGAACAAGAGGAAUCGUUUCAGUAUUCGUAAGCACCUGCAGAAACACGGCCUGGCCCCUGCCGACAGCGUGAGCAGCAUAGACAGCUCAGAGGAAAAGGCAGAAUCAGCGCAGGAUCUGCAGGCUGAUGUCAUCGGCCUGAUGGGGAAUACACGGUUCUGGCACGGCAAAGACUACUGCAACUUUGUCCACAAGGACUGGAUCCAGCUGGAUAAACCAUUUGAUGACUUCAUUGAUAGGCAUAUCACUCCCAGAAUGCCUUGGCAUGACAUUGCCUCGGUGGUACAUGGAAAGGCGGCCAGAGAUGUUGCACGGCACUUUAUUCAGCGCUGGAAUUUUACCAAGAUCAUGAAGCCGAAGUACAGGUCCCUCUCGUACCCAUACCUCCUCCCCAAAUCCCACUCUACUGCCAAUGAGAUCAAAUACCAGGUCCCAGGCUGCAUCCCUGCUAAUGUUCAGGUGUUGCGGUCUGCAUCAGACUGGUCAGCUGGUAUAAAACACCACGAGGAGUCCAUCCACAAUGCCUACAUCCAUGUGAUCGAAAACAGCAAGCACUACCUCUACAUCGAGAACCAGUUCUUUAUAAGCUGUGCUGACAACAAACUUGUCUACAACAAGAUCGGCGACGCCAUUGCCCAGCGGAUCAUCAAAGCAUACCGGGAGGGCAAGAAGUAUCGUGUAUACGUGGUCACUCCUCUCCUGCCUGGCUUUGAGGGCGAUAUCAACACAGGAGGAGGGAGCGCCCUUCAGGCUGUCAUGCACUUCAACUACAGAACGAUGGUUAGAGGAGAAUGUUCCAUCAUAUCCCAGCUGAGGAAGGAGAUGGGAGAUCAGUGGAUGAAUUACAUCUCUUUUGGUGGUCUGAGGACCCACGCAGAGUUGGAGGGCAAGCUGGUUACGGAGCUGAUCUAUGUCCACAGCAAAAUGAUUAUUGCAGAUGACAAUACCGUCAUCAUUGGCUCGGCCAACAUCAACGACCGCAGUAUGCUGGGGAAGAGGGACAGUGAGGUGGCUGUCAUCUAUGAGGACACUGAGACUGAGACAUCCAUCAUGGACGGACAGGAGUACCAGGCGGGGCGAUUUGGACUGCAUCUGCGUCUGGAAUGCUUUAGGAUGAUUCUGGGAGCUAACACAGACCCCAGCAUAGAUGUCAAUGACCCCAUCAGUGACCAGUUCUACAAGGAGGUGUGGAUGACCACUGCUGCUCGCAAUGCGUCCAUCUAUCAAAAGGUGUUUCGUUGCUUGCCCUCCAGUGACGUGCGGACGAGCCUGGAGCUAGAGGGCUACCUGGCCAAGCCAGGCCUGGAUAAGGAAGACCCUGCACGGGCUAAGGAGGAGCUAAAGAAGAUCCGUGGCUUCCUGGUCCAGUUUCCUCUUUACUUCCUCAGCGAACAGAACCUUCUGCCUCCCAUCGGCUCCAAGGAGGCCAUGGUGCCCAUGGAGGUGUGGACCUGAGAGGAUGAAUAGUUGUUCCUCCGGGACUUGGACUUUCCACAGCAGUGUUUAUCAGCCCAGGGCACUGUUGAUGAAGGACUGCUCAGAGACUCCAGUGGGUCGUGUUACAGAUGUGAGAAACGGACACCAAAGGAGAAGAGAUGAGUCUCGACUACCAAUCGGUUAAUCAAGCGGCACUGAUGAUACUAGCCAGACUAAUUUGCGCCGUCUGAUCAGAAAGUGUGAUUAAUGUCCUUUAUAGCUUAAUUUCGUUUCUAACACUAUGCAAACUGGAGCAAAAAACGUACUACACUGCCGUAUGUGACUCACUCUGAACAGCGUGCACUAGGAGUGUGUCAAUUCUGAUCUCUGACCUCACGAUUUGAUUUGAUUCAGAUUCCCUAAGAACCAUAAAAUCACAAAUUUUAAUGCAAUUUACUUCAAUUUGGUAUGGUUUGGUGAGGUACAGAUUUAUUUUUUAUAUUGCGCCAAAUGCGCAAAACUGCUACACAGUUGUGGAGCAUAGACAACAGGGACGUGAAGCAAUGCCGGCGGCAGGGAUGGAAAAAGACUGUUCUGGGCCAUUAAUGAAGUUUUAGCCCUGGUUCUUGCUGCCCUGGUCUGCUGUUCUGCUCUGGCAGAUAUAUCAGUUUACCUUAGUCACUGAAACUGGUAUUUAAUUGAGUAUUUAGUAUUUAAAGUGAGUCAAUUUCACAGUUUUCUUGUGUGUUGAGUGACAUUUGAUUUACACUAGACAGCAACACUAUUGCUUCAGUGAGUUCAGUGCAGAGUUUUCAAAGACAAAAUUUAAAGAAUUAAAGAAAAAUAUUUCAAUUUUUUUGCGUAAUUCAGUGGUUCAGAUGUAAACACAGCUAUUCAGAGUGGUUUGAUGGGGAAUAGAGAGACUGUAGAGAGACUUAACCAUAAGGCUGGAGAGUGUGACCAUUAUUUAUGACCGUUAUUGUGAUAAAUUAUGUCCCAAUAUUAAUUUUUGAGAAUAUGCAGGACUUAAAACACACUUCCCACCUGCAUGUUUGAUCAAAAAGAGAGCAUCAUUAGUCCUGUUUAACUGGAUUUAGUGCAGCACUAUGUGUGAAAUGUUGAAUGCAAGAUUCAUAGUUUUUGGUAGUAUCUUUUAAAUAAGGCAUUACUCUUUCUGAUCCAGCUUAUCAGAUGUCAAAAACAUCUCUGUGACAGAUUUCUUCACAAAUCUGCCCCAGAAUUGUUCACAUCAUUGGUGGUGAUAGGAACCAGACGUGAAGAGUUCAAUGUUUCUAGAGAGCUCUGUCUCAAGAAAGCUGUUUUGUGAAGUAGUUAUGAAUACAUUGAUGCCGGACACAUUGUUUUAUGUUAAUUUGGAUUGUUUUAGCCUAAAAUAUAUUUAGUAAAAGCCAGAGAAACAUGCAGGGAGUUGUAAGGCACAGUAAAUUAAUUUUUCCUGAUUGAUCACUAUUUUACCAUCAAGUUUACCUAUGAAAACUCUGAAGGCACAUGUAGGUUCACUGGUGGUUUAGGAUAGUAAAUGAUAGGAUAGUAAAUGAAAUGGCUGUAUUUGUGUUAUCGACAUUAUGACCCCUGGUUCCCGUCACAACCACUGUACAGAAAUCAGAGUCUUACAUGAAGCAUUUCACCCCAAACCGCUCUCAAUGAAUUUACACCUGGAGAAUUUAAUUAUGCAGAAAUUUUACAUCUCUGAUCAUCUGUGGAAUUUCUGUUUAUCCAUCCAUCCGUUUUCUAAGCCGCUUCUCCGUCAGGGUCGUGGGGGGGUGCUGGAGCCUAUCCCAGCAGUCUUUGGGCGGAAGGCAGGAUACACCCUGGACAGGUCACCAGUCCAUCG